AAGGGUUACGACUUUCGUCUCAGAACGAGGCCAAUUGACGUCAAUGCCUGUUUGUGAUUGGUCCUUACCGUGUUUCCGGUGGGGCAGCCAUCCAAGGACUGGGGAAAAAAGAAGCGGAGAGUUUCUGUCAGUACCAGUGAAAAAAAAAAACAACAAAAAAAUCCAAACAAAAACAAGCGUUAUACGGUCCGGAUUUCCAGGUAAAAAUGGCGUCGGGCAGUACCAGCAGUGAUGAGGAGAGAAGUCUGCGGGAGUGUGAGCUGUAUGUCCAGAAACACAACAUCCAGCAGCUUCUCAAGGACUGCAUUGUCCAGCUGUGCACGUCGAGACCAGAAAGACCAAUGGCAUUUCUCAGAGAGCUCUUUGAGAGACUGGAGAAGGAGGAGGCCAAGCAAAUUCUGAGCCAGCAAAAGUCAAACUCUCGCUCGGACUCGCGGGAGGAUGAGAUCUCUCCGCCCCCACCCAUGAACCCUGUGGUGAAGGGGCGGCGGCGCCGUGGAGCCAUCAGUGCUGAGGUCUACACUGAAGAGGAUGCUGCCUCCUAUGUCAGAAAGGUUAUUCCUAAGGACUACAAGACAAUGGCUGCUCUGGCUAAAGCUAUUGAAAAGAAUGUUCUAUUUGCACAUCUUGAUGACAACGAGAGGAGUGACAUAUUUGAUGCCAUGUUUUCUGUCACUUACAUUGCUGGAGAGACAGUCAUACAGCAAGGUGAUGAAGGUGAUAACUUCUAUGUGAUUGACCAAGGUGAUAUGGAUGUGUAUGUAAACAACGAAUGGGUGACCAGCAUUGGAGAGGGUGGUAGUUUUGGAGAGCUGGCCUUGAUUUAUGGUACUCCCAGAGCAGCCACUGUGAAAGCAAAAACCAAUGUGAAACUAUGGGGCAUUGACAGAGACAGCUACAGGAGAAUAUUAAUGGGAAGUACCCUGAGAAAGAGGAAGAUGUAUGAAGAAUUCCUUACCAAAGUGUCAAUCUUAGAGUCUUUGGAUAAAUGGGAGCGCUUGACAGUGGCUGAUGCCUUGGAACCUGUACAGUUUGAGGAUGGGCAGAAGAUUGUGGUGCAGGGAGAACCUGGGGAUGAAUUCUUUAUUAUUCUAGAGGGAUCAGCAGCUGUGUUGCAGCGCAGGUCAGAGCAUGAAGAGUUUGUGGAGGUUGGAAGACUCGGGCCAUCGGAUUAUUUUGGUGAAAUCGCCCUGUUAAUGAAUCGUCCCCGUGCUGCCACUGUUGUAGCUCGUGGCCCCUUGAAGUGUGUGAAGCUUGACCGACCUCGAUUUGAACGUGUCCUGGGUCCAUGUUCAGAUAUUCUCAAACGAAACAUCCAACAAUACAACAGCUUUGUCUCGCUGUCUGUCUGAGGAUUUUUAGUCCACCCCCUCCCUUAAUGCAGGGUCCACAAAUGCAGUCUGCUUUGUUUUUCACAUUUACAACACCCACCUGUCCACCAGCAUCACUGCUUCCUUGUCUGUCUGUCUGUCUGUCUGUCUGUCUGUUUAUAUGUACCCAGUGCAACAUCUUCUAUGCAUAAGCUUUAUAUCCUUUAUAUAAUGCAGCAUUUCUAGUAUUCUUUAAAAAAAAAAAAUAAUAAUAAUUGAAGAAAGAGAUUUCCACUGUCACCUCAUAUGUGUGCAGAUAAGAAGUGUCAAAACUGUUUGACUUUUCAAAGAUUGCAAUUGCUGUAUGAAGCUUCAUUAGAAAAGGAAGAACAAGAAUAACAGCAGAAAAUAUGAAAAUGUUGUGUUUCAAGGCUAAAAACCUUUAAGAGCCUUUGAAUACAAAAAAAUGCUGUUUUAGUAUUUUAAAAUGUGGCAUCUGUAACUGAAAAUAAGUGAGCUGCUGCAUUAAAUGUUUUAAUGGUUCAUUUCAAGGGUACUUAAAUACAGUGUCACCAGUAGGACCUUGGUGAGAUUUUCUGUUAUGUUAUUUUAAUAGUUGCACAUAUAUUUAAUUUUAAGUUACCCUAUUGGAUUUUUUGCACAGUUCCAGUGGUUAAAAAACAAACAAACCCAUAAACAAUGUUACUUUGCACCUGCUGGGUUUCGUGGCUGCAUUGCUCUUCAAUAUUGUUGUAUUUCUAAAAUGUGAUCUGUCAAUUCUUUAGGAAUGAAACUGAAAAUAUUUUUACUCCUAUUCUUUAAAAAAAAAAUCUACUAUACUAUAAUAUUUGUUUUAAAUACUUUAUUGGCCCUCUUCCAAAACAAAAAUAAAAAAAUAUAUAUAUAAAUCAAAAGCUUUGGGAUACGAUUCAAAUUGGGGGGAAAAAAAAAAAUCCUUUGCAUUACUGCUUUUAGUGAGACCUAACUGAUUACAGAAUAUUGUAGUUUUCUGUAAAAAUGUUUAGCUACCAAGCUAGUGCCAAAUAUUAAAUGAUGGUUCUUAGCAACAAUGCAAGGCAGAAUCUAAAAAAGGGACAUUAUAUACUUUUGUGCUUUUUUGUAACAACAGCAUAAGUAUAGUUAAUAAUUUUGUUGUUACAUCUAUAGUACUCAGAAAUUAUCUGUAUUUGUACUUUUUUGGUGCUUGGUAAAUUUUAAAUAUGUUGAAUUGGCUGGCAGCACUUGUCAUCACAUUUUUAACUUUGUAACUUAAUUACUUUUAAAGUGAACACUGUGCAGUGUACUUAAAAAGCAUAACAGUUUUCCAAUUGUGCUGGUUUGAAUUAUAAAUAAAGGGGCACAGUAACUAUGAAAAAGAAAAUCGAACUGUGUAUUGCUACCAAAAAGAUGUAGUAAAUGCAGUAGUAAUUAAUGCUCAGAAAUUGUAGCUAUAAAAUAUAAAUAAAUUAGUUAAUGUCAUAAAAUCAUAAUAUUAAUAAGAUAUGCACAGAUUUUUAUUAUUUAUUAUUAAUCUUAGACUAAAUCAGAUUUUAUUGCAGGUAUGACAAGGUAACUUCACCCCACUGUUACCUGAAAGAAGGAAAAAGUCAUUGAGUCUUAAAUGUAUUUCAGUAUUUACCAGCUUUGUGUUACAUUACUACAUAUGCACCAGUGAUAUUGAGCAGUUUUUACAAAAUUCCACGGUUCUUUAAUGUAUGUAAUCUAAGUAUAUCCUUUAUUAUGUGUAGAGUGUGCUAGAGUAGGGUUGUAGUUGGGAGUGAAGGCAAGCUCUAAACAAGUCUUUACAUUUUUUUUUUUUCCAUAAAUCUCUUCUUUCAUAUUAGAUGCAGGGUGCCAUGAUUCUACUCAUCAACAUUAUGUCAAUUGUCAGCAAGGGGUAAAGGUAGUUGUAUGUCUGUCAGGGUUGUCGUGGGUCAAAUGGUGAAUUUGUUUAAAAAAAUUAGUUGACAUUUAUUUAAUUAAAUGUAGUUAAUUGUACAAAAGUUCAGUUUGUUUUUCUGAUAACUCUUUACAGAUUGAACCUGUGAAUAAUCUGUAUAUCCCACAAACCAGUGGCAGAGUGUCUUAAUUCUUUUGAAAAGCAUCAUCCAAGAAUUUCAACCUUUGAAAUUCUGUUGUCAAUAGUAUAUCAAUCCCCAUGGAAAACAAAUGUUGGAAUCUGUGCUGAUAACUUGAUAUGGUUCUUCAUUGCCAAUAUUGCUCAAGCUGGGUGCUCUCUCAGAUUAAACAAAUGUAUUUAGUUGCAGAACUAUAUUUUUGUAACUACUGUAAGAUUCAUUAACAAAAAAGCCACUGAUUGUAAAGUUAACUGACCUUGGUACAAAAUAGUUCAUUUAAAAAAAAAAAAAAAAGUGUGUGUGUGUAUAUAUAUAUAUAUAUAUAUAUAUAUAUAUAUAUAUAUAUAUAUAUAUAUAUAUAUAUAUAUAUGCUAAAGCUUUUUUCCCCUCGUAGUGUGGAAAACAUUGAUAGUUAUUUUUUGGCUUGAUAUUCACUCCCAAUAUCGUUUAUUAUUAUUAUUAUUAUUAUUAUUAUUAUUAUUAUUAUUAUUUACUGAAUUUAUGAUAAAGCAGCGGAUAAUUCUGUUAAAUAUUAAUCGCAGUUAUAGCUUUACCAAUGUGUGCAAUCCAAGUAUGUAUGUACAAAAACACAAUCGACAUAGUUUGCCUUAGCUAAUGUAAUCGGGCUUUUGAAAUUCCUUCUGCUAGCCCAACCUUUAGCAAGUUUGUGAUGUCUGCAGCCCCUAAAGAGCUGUGGAUGACCAGAGGACCAUUUUUUCUAUUGUUAUCCAAUUACUGUAUAAGGUUUGAUUUACUGUAUGUGCUAAAAUUAUAAUCCUUUUGGUAUAGAUUGUCCUAAUGGCAGGUCGAGCAAUAAAAAGAUUUAAAUUCUUAUACCCA